GUCACGUUUUUCAACACAAAAGGAAGGCCCAUCGUCGUCUGCCGGCCCCAAACACCACAUCUUAUCUGCUUUGCUAUACGCCGAAAAGGCCCCAUGGCAAACCACUCACCUUGAACCCCCCCCUCCCUCCACAUCCCUUUCAUCCCACCGGCCGAGACAAGUCAACCUCGAGGUACCUGGAGAAUGAUGGACAUCUCACGCAGCAACUCUCCCGCCCCCGGCACCGGCUCGACAAACGGCGACGUCAGUACACCGGGAGGAGCAUCAGCAUCGGCUGCAGCAGCGGGCGACGUCAAACUCCGCCGAGCCCACCGGAAAUCUCGCAAUGGAUGCAAAGAAUGCAAGCGCCGCCACGUAAAAUGCGACGAAACACGCCCGACCUGCGUCAACUGCGCAACAGCUGAGCGACACUGCUCCUACCUCGACUCCCUUCCGGCAUCGGCUCGCUCUUCCGCCGUCUCCUCCGGCCCGGCCGCCAAGCGAGCAGCCGCAGCCGCCGCCCUCGUCGCCAGCCCAGCGGGUAGCUCCGGCAGCAAUGGCAACAGCGCCUCCGCCGCCGCAACGGCGGCUGCCUUUGCAACCUCGCCAUCCAUUACCACGGUCGUAAACGACUUUGUCAUGCGCACCGAAGAUGACCGCGGCGUACCGAGCCCCCCUAACGGCCAAUUCUUUACCCUCGAACACAUGCGCCUCCUCCACCACCUGGAAACUCGUAUGGGCACCUUCAUGGCCGCAGACGGAUUUAUGAAACCCUUGGUUGAUAUGAACCUCGAGGCUGCCCUCCACGCCCCUUAUCUCAUGGACGUCCUCCUCGGUCUUUCUGCCCAGCACAUGGCCGAGCUGAAUCCCCAACGCGCAGAUUUUUACCAGCACGAGGCAACCCAGCUCCAGACCCGCGCUCUCAUGUUGUUCAACGACGCCAAGGAGGAAAUCGACGAUGACACUUGCAUCCCAAUGUUCCUCUUCGCAUCCUGCCUCGGAACUCAAGUCCUCUGCGAUACCCUCCGCAGCUAUCGUAGCGACUUCAACGGUUUUCUGGACCAAUUCGCCUGGUACCUCAAUCUCCACCGCGGCGUCAGCACCGUCACCGGCCGUUCCUGGCACAUCAUCCGCGAAUCCGGUUGCAAGCCCUUUGUCGACUUCCUGGAAUCUAACAAGCCCGACCCGAACGAGCGCUCCGAGGUCGACAUCCUUCACAGCAUGCUCGACCAAGCCGAUCUCGGCCCUGUCUCCCUCCAAGCCUGCCGUGAUGCAACGGAGUCCUUACGGCAGUCGUACUCCAUCUACCGCAGCAUUGCCAUGAAAUCCAGCCAUCAAUCCGCCUCCGUCAUGGCCUUCGGAGUCCGCGUGACAACAGGCUUCAUCGACGUCGUUAAGCAGCGCCGCCCGGAAGCCCUCGUCAUCCUCGCCUUCUACGCUGUCCUCCUUCACUGGUGUCGCAGUUACUGGAUCUUUGGAGACGCUGGCCAGUGGAUCAUCCGCUCCGUCUCGGCGCAUUUAGGAGAUUACUGGUCAGAAUGGCUAGCCUUCCCUCAAGCGGUGCUCGAGGUGCAUGCAGGCUGAAAGGUCGAGGCAAGGAAGCAAGGCAGAAACAUACCUGACAUUAUCCUCCACUUCCUUACCACUGAUGCAAUGAAAUCAACCUUGUGCACAAUGAGCUGCACAGGGAGCUUCUCUCCUGCAUGUGGAGGAAGAAACAGAUCAGUUUUAAGAACUGCAAGUCUGUAGUCAUCCAACCCCGGCCGAUGUAGCCGGUAGCGGGCAGGGCAGAAUGAAAAAGCAGAGCCAGCCAGGAAAACCGGAAUCUGGAAGAACUCCAACAUGGCAAACAAGCAAGCGAACUCUAAAAAAGACGGAAUGAACAGUGUGCGGAUGCGGGUGCGCGCGCCCCAUCUCAACUUCGGGCUUUGCGCCGAUGCCGAGAGAGCUAAGUACACCGUACGUCAAAGUCCGAAACAUUCCCAGCGCGCCGCCCGCCACCGACGUCCACCGACAGGAAACCAUGUAUCCGUCGCAGUCGCAGUCGCAGAGCAGAGUGCAGCUGCUGGGCUGCAGUCGUUGCCUUGGCCAAACGCGCCAAUUUCGUCCACAC